UACCCCGAUGAGGCAGGCAGGCAGCGGCUGGCAGACAAAGGGAGCUGAGAGGCGGCGUGGAUCUUUUCUUCGACACACACACUCCGACACACUCCUUCACACACUCCCCCUGCAUGCGCUCCCUUCACUGGUGCUAGCAGCCACGCAGAUUCCGGAGCUGUUCCCACCCCUUCUCCACUCAUCCGUCACAAGCAUCACCAGUCAGUAAUUAUGGAGCUUGACUUCGGGCACUUUGACGAGCGAGACAAGGCGUCCCGUACAGCACGGGGCGGCCGCAUGAACGGACUCCCCAGCCCGACCCACAGCGCCCACUGCAGCUUCUACCGUACACGCACCCUGCAAGCCCUGUCCAACGAGAAGAAGGCUAAAAAGGUGCGCUUCUACCGCAAUGGCGACCGCUACUUUAAGGGCAUCGUGUACGCUGUGGCCAAUGACCGGUUUCGCACCUUCGACUCUCUGCUGGCCGACCUGACUCGCUCGCUGUCCGACCACAUCAACCUGCCUCAGGGCGUCCGCUUCAUCUUCUCCAUUGAUGGCACAAACAGGGUCUCAGCCCUUGAUGAACUUGAGGAGGGAGAGAGCUAUGUUUGCGCUUCGGAAAACCUCUUCAAGAAGGUGGACUACACAAAGAACGUCAACCCCAACUGGUCGGUCAACGUGAAGGCCUCGGCCAGCCAGAGGAACAUUCAGUCGUUGAGUGCUAAAGCCGGCAGCGAGCCCCGAGAGUGCAAGGACUUUGUUCGACCCAAACUGGUGACGGUGAUGCGCAGCGGCGUCAAGCCUCGCAAGGCUGUGCGCGUCCUGCUCAACAAGAAGACUGCGCAUUCCUUUGAACAGGUGCUCACUGACAUCACAGAGGCCAUUAAGCUGGAAAGCGGAGCGGUUAAAAAGAUCUACACACUGGAUGGGAAGCAGGUUACUUGCCUUCAAGAUUUCUUUGGAGAAGAUGACGUCUUCAUUGCAUGUGGACCUGAAAAAUUCCGCUAUGCACAAGAUGACUUCUCUCUGGAUGAGAAUGAGUGCAGAGUGAUGAAGACUCCCAACAAAGUACUGCGUGGUUCAAUCAAGAGUCCUUUAUCUUUUCAACGCUGCAAGUCUCCUGCUGAAUCAACCAAUGGGACGGGCUCCAGCAGCCAGAUUUCCACCCCUGUCUCCAAACACUCCCCCACAUCCACUCCAACCAGUCCUGGGCUCAACGACAAACAAAAGGAUCUGUACCUGCCCUUAUCACUGGAUGAUGACGAUUCUGUCGGGGAGUCUAUGUAGACUCUCCUUAGUCUGGCUUUCCACAUCCUCCUAAGAGCGCCAUCUUGAGGUUGAGGCAAUGCACUGAUGCCUUUUGCUGCUUGAAAACACUAAACAUUGUAUUUCCCUCCUUUUUUUAAAUCACCAAAACAUUCAUCACAAAGCUGUCACACUGUUUAAAAAAACAAAAAAACAAAAAAAAAUCACUUGAGUUAUUGGACGCACUCUUUUUACACUACAUGAUUCCAAGCAGCAAAUGGGUGAUAUUAGGUGACAAAUAUGUAAGCUCUUUUUUACGACUUUGUGUGUUUGCCCUGGGUGCAUCCUUCCUAACUUUGCUGUAAAUACUGUGUACAGUUCUCAUAUCCUCCUGGUUUUCCGCUCGCCAUUGCUGUGCUUCCAUAACGUUGUCUGAGGGGGGACAAAGUGUGGAAAAGGCAACUCCUAAAUUGAAUAUGGUGAUAAAGAUUAUCUUCAUUGGCUCAAAACAGUAACAGGCUAUAUAUGGUUGGUGUUGUGCAUGAGACAUCAUUUUAAGGCUUUAGGUGCAUCAGAAAAGCUGAUUUGAAGGACCUAACGGUGCAUAAGAAUGACCAAAGUUCAACUCUUUAUUGGGCCAAUCAGUACACAGCAGUUAUUUUCAAAUUAACAAAUCCUAGAUGAAAUGAUAAAGGUUGCAAAGCUAAAGUGUUGCAGGAUUUAUAAAAGGGAUUUAUUUGAAAAUAUUCCAUAGGAGGGAGGAUUACUUGAUGCAUGUCCUGUUUAUGAGUCGCCUGGCUUUUAAUAUUUGAUAAAGUUUAAUUUAUAUUUAAGUCUAUUUUUGAUUUUUUUUUUACUCUUUCCAAUGUUUCGUGUGCAGCUCUUUUUAAAAACAUUAAAGUGAAUGUUGGGUUUUCCCCCCCAAAAUAUUCUAGUGAAGAGUUUUUUUCAGGUUUUGCAGGCCAUCCAGCCUGAGACUUUGAAUUGGAUGACACUGAAGCACAAACUGCUGCGGGCACUUUGAAUGUCAGCAUACAGUAGAAUACCACGAUUACAAAGCGUGACCACAAUUUGUGCUGCUUGGGUAGCAGCUUUUCAAUCGAGCAUCUAUGCAUCUAGAUGGAAGGAUGGUGAAGAAACGUCCUCGCAAUUUGUCGUAAAAAGUGCUGCGUCCUUACUGUCGACAAGCUUCAUUGCCAUCAUGUAACAGCCCGUCUGCUGUCAUUGUUUGGAUGCAAAUGUGUUUAUGCCACCAGAAAAGAUUUACAAUUACAAAAAAUGUAUUUGAAAUAGAAAAAUAUUUUCAAACAGGUUUCGGUGCAAAUUAUUUUUGGUUGGUUUUCUGUUGCAUAUUUUGUUCCAAAAAUACUUUUGGUGUUACAUUUUUUUUUUUUUGUUCAAGAGUCGGUUAAAAAAAAUCAAGUUUUGGCACUCGCAAAUUUGAUGGUCAUAACUAAAAGUAUUUAGCUGCAGUUUGCUUUGAUUUUUUUUUUUAAAGACCCUCACAAUUACAGUAGUCAUACCCAAAAGAUUUGCAACUAUAAAAUGGAUUUGAAAUUAAUCAAAAGUAGUCUCAAAGUAUAAAUAAAUAAAUAAAUGGGUUGUACUUGUAUAGCGCUUUUCUACCUUCAAGGUACUCAAAGCGCUUUGACACUACUUCCACAUUUACCCAUUCACACACACAUUCACACACUGAUGGAGGGAGCUGCCAUGCAAGGCGCCAACCAGCACCUAUCAGGAGCAAGGGUGAAGUGUCUUGCUCAGGACACAACGGACGUGACGAGGUUGGUUCCAGGUGGGAUUUGAACCAGUGACCCUCGGGUUGCGCACGGCCACUCUCCCACUGCGCCACGCCGUCCCUAGCACUUUUAUAGGACUUUUUUAUAUUGCAAGUAUAUUUUUGGUUGCAAAUCUUUUUUUUUUUUUUUUUUUUUUUUUUUUUUUUUUUUGUUACGACUCAACUUCAACGUGACCGAAAAAAUAAUUUACAAACUCAAAUAUUUUUUAUAAUUUCAAAUAAUUUUUUUAAACAACCCACCAAAUUAAAAUUUGGUUGUAACCCGAACAAAAAUUUGCAAGACUUUUGGUUUUUGAAAUUCAUAUUUAUUACAAAUCCAUUUUUAUUUUUGCAAAUCUUUUUUGGUGUUUCAAAUCCAUGUGGCUUUUGGCGGCACAAAAAUACAGCGCUCUUCCCAGUUUAUCUCUAUAUAUCAUUGCAACCGGUGUCCAAAAGAGGGCGCCGUCGCACAAGUACUCGCCCACCAAAAUUGUUUAUUCCCUCGCAUUCGCUUUUCCUCCCGCUUUGUUUCUUCAGCAUAUACAUCUGAAACAUGUCUUGUGCAGAUGGCCACCACCAUAUUGAAUGGCUGACAUGGUGCCUUUUUUUUUUUUACUACUGCUGCUUUUGCUUAAAUAAAUCCCAAAGUAUGCUCUUUUUUUUUUUAACCACUUUGUAACCUUGUUUUCUCAAAUAUAACCUUAAAACACGCUUUGUUUUGUAGAGGCACUUCAUCGGUGUAAAUAAAUACCUUCCUUGCAGCCCCCUUUUUAUAUUCCACUUAUCCCUUUUUUUCCAUUGAAGAAUUUUUACAACAUUGUUUUAUUAGUCUUUUGCAAUGUCACGGUGGCUUGUUUCAGUGCUCCAUUUAAUGUAUUAACUGGUAUCUUUUUUGCAAAUAAAACUGUUUUAGUUCA